CUCCUGCCCUGCAGUAACUCAACAGAUAAGGGGGGGCCUGUGCCCCUGCUCGAAUAAUGGAAUUGAGGAAGUCUGUCUCGUCGAUCUCACCACCACGCCUGAGUGAAUCGAUGGGCAUGGCGUUCAUGGCGAGCGGCAGGGCCAUGGCGUCGACCAGGCCGAGCUUCGUCACUCCUCGCAGCUUCUUCAACUGGGGCAAAGGCGCCGGAGGAGCUGAGUCGCCGCCGCCGCCGCCGCAGCUGAAGUUCCAGUACCACGACGUCGAGCUGCCGUUCCCCAUGUCGCUCGUGGCGAACACACACCUCAGAGGCCGCGAGCUCAAGUGCUGCUACAAGGCCACCGUGGACGGCUUCAGCGCGACGGACUUCCACCGGCGGUGCGACUUCAAGGGCCCCUGCGUCGUCGUCGGCUACACCGACGGCGGCUUCAGGUUCGGUGGGUUCAGCCCGGAGGGGUACCGCAGCACGGACGACUACUACGACACGCUGGACGCCUUCCUCUUCUACUGGCCGGAGGCAGCCGCCGAGGCGCCGGUGGUGCUGCCGAAGGUGGGCGGCAGCGGCGCGGCGCUGUUCGACUACUCCCGCGGCGGGCCGCAGUUCGGCGCCGACGGCCUGCUCGUCGGCCCGCCGCUCACCGCCGUGAUGGGCGUGUUCACGGGGCCCGACUCCAGCGCCGGCGUCGGCGACCUCCGGAGCGCGCGGUCACGGCUCGGGCUGUCGUACGCGAGGCGGGCGGACGGGAAGGAGAGCCUGUUCGGCGACGACGGCAGGGCCGAGGUCGCGGAGGUGCUCGUCUUCUGCAGCCCGCAGAUCGCGAGCCUCUACUGAGAUUAGCUAGCGCUUACUGUACAGCUUAGUGGUCGGUGUUUUAGUUGCGCGCAGGCUUGAUAUGAUCGACUUGCAAUGCGUCUGUGUAAUUGUGUGGUUGGUGGCGUUAUUACCAGUUACCACACGCUCCCCAGUUUCCUCCCCAUCUCCGUCAACUCUCCACCACACAACCAUGAUCUCCUCGGUCCAAUCAAUCCCCAACCAUGAGCGCCUCCGUCCUGCUCGCCUUCCUUCUCCUCCAACUUGUCCAUGCCGCCCUUACAUUAAUCGUACAUGAGCACAAACCAUACGGUGGGGCUAUAACAACUAAAUUGUUACA